AUGGCUGUGAUUGGUGAGAGCUGCGCCAAUUUGACCCCAGCCGGAGUGGGAGCCACACUUGCGCAGCUAGGCUGCGGUGGCUUGCCGAACGACAAGAAGCCGAAGAGGCACGGGAGAAGACUCAGAGAUGGUGCAAUGCAUUGGGCAUUGGUCAACGCCAAUCGGGUUGCCGAGCUGUGCCGAGCUGUGGAGAAGUCACAGCGGUACUGCACCUGGCAGUCCUGGUCCCCGCUUGAGAACUUCGCAGUCGGCUACCUCAGUGAGAUCAAGUCGCAGUGGCUCAAGCGUCCGAGGCCUCGCAACGCGUGCUGCAGCGAAGAACUCGUGUGA